AUGUAUGGUAAUUUCUCAGCUGGAUCACAUGACACAAUUACCUCAAGAAUCGAUCAAGAUGUAUUGCAGGUCUGCCUACGUUUCCGAUUUCUUCUCCCUGGCGGGGUCUUUCCACGCGCCCGCGGUGCUAUAGAUGGACAAAGUUUAGCACAGCCGAGCUGCCAAUUCCUCUCCUCCCUUUGCACAGAGGGAAAGGGAAGCAGAGAUAUGACGGAAUACGAUGAUCGCAGCUGUGCGUCAAAUAUGUAUUUACCGAGCUGCACUUAUUACGUUUCGACGCCCGAUUUCACAUCAGUCUCGUCGUUUCUACCGCAGACCACUUCGUGCCAGGUUAAUUUCCCCUAUUCCCCCAACAUAUCCCAGGUCCAACCUGUUCGAGAGGUCGCUUUCAGGGAUUAUGGACUGGACCAUCCCAGCAAAUGGCACUACAGGGGCAAUUACUCGUCGUACUACUCAGCGGACGAGAUAAUGCACCGGGACUUGAUCCAGUCCUCGGGCAGCAGGGCGGAAGUGAUCUUCAAAAACGAGUCCUUGUACGGCCACCACGGAGGGACCAGCUCGCCGUGCAAUUUCUUCACCGGCGUCGGCCGCACCGGGGUGCUCCCCCAGGCGUUCGACCAGUUCCUGGACACCCCGAACUCGGACAAGCUCGGCGCGGAGCUCCCCAAACAAAAGACCGACUCGGCUGCGCCCGGGGAGGAGGCGAGCAACAACAACGACGACGACAGCGAGUCUCUGACCAAACUCGAGGGGGACAAAGCGGACCCGAGCGGGAGCGUGGACGAGGACUCAUCCUCCAACUGCGGCGACAAGAGCAGCCAACAGAGUUCAUCGACCAAGUCGAGGAAGAAGAGGUGCCCUUACACCAAAUACCAGAUCCGAGAACUUGAACGAGAGUUUUUCUUCAACGUGUACAUUAACAAGGAGAAGCGGCUGCAACUGUCCAGGAUGUUAAACCUGUCGGAUCGACAGGUGAAGAUCUGGUUUCAGAACAGACGCAUGAAGGAGAAAAAGCUCAACCGCGACCGCCUACAGUAUUUCACCGGGAAUCCUUUAUUCUGA